AUGAGAUACAUUUACAUUAUUACCCUUGUAAUCCUCGCAUCAACGACUUUGGGUUCCGCCCAAUUUGACCAUUUUGACCUUUCACAAAGUUGUAUGGAUGAAGCGCAAAAAUUAAUCGGUUCUGAAGAAAUCAACGCUUGCGUUCCAAUUUCAUCAUUUGCUUCAUUAAUUUCUAAUUCUAAAUCAGAAAACGAAGAAGCAGCUAUGAAAACAAUGGCCGACUCAAUUUGUGGCCUUCCAAAAUGUUCAGAUAGUCUCGUAGCAUCAACUCAAAAAGAUUUCAGAGCUGCGUGUCAACAAGAUUUAAAAGCCAAAAAUGAUCUCGCAAAUUCAAUUGAUGCGGCAAUUGCUCUUUAUUCUCCUUUAAGAGAUUCCAUUUGCUUUAAGAAUUCUACGGAUGGCUAUUGUUUCAUUGAAAGUUAUACGUCUUUGAAACAAAUCAAUGACAAAGCUCCAAAAAACCAAAGUCCUGUCCUUACUUUUGCUGGUGCAUCAAACGAGCAAGUUUGCACUCCUUGUAACAAGGCCAUUACUAAUACUUUUAAUAAUUAUCAAAAAGUACAUCCUGAAGCAUUCACAGCAAUUCAAGGUUAUUCUGAUAAAGAUGUGGAAACUGCUAAAAAUGCUUUAACUGGAAAAUGCGGGGAAUCAUUUCUAGAUGGUCAAAUUGGUGAUACAAAACAAAAACCAUCAGAAUUUCAACAACAAAGUUCUCCAAACAAAUCGGAUGCUUCCUCUUUAAUUGCCAAUGGUUUGAGUUUGGCAACCUUUGUAGGAUCAUUGAUCGCCUUGAUUUAA